GGAAGGUGCUUUGGCCUUUUCAUUUAGAUGUCACGAGGUUUUUUUACUGUUGCGUAUGUUGCGUAUCAACAAAAAUUAUAACGUCAAUAAUUUAAAUAUUCUACAAGUUUGCGGAAUUUUACUCUAACGUCAAAACAUCCACUAAUAAUUUUCAGGUCUUAAUUUUUGAUCUGUUCACUUACUGGGAGUUGUCACGUGCAAUUUUCUAAAAAUGCCUGAUAACGUAACUGCACGCGACUUAACCAUUCAGCAAUCUGAAAUACCUCAGCAUCAUGCGUAUAUUUACAAAUUCCGCGUCGAACAGUGCCCUUUAUUUUUACAACACAAGUGUACACAACAUAGACCAUUCACCUGCUUUCACUGGCAUUUUCAAAAUCAAAGAAGGCGCAAACCUGUACGCAGAAGGGAUGGUACUUUGAAUUACAGUGCUGAUGAGUAUUGCACAAAGUAUGAUGAAACUACAGGUAUUUGCCAAGAUGGUGAUGAGUGUCCUUUCCUUCAUCGUACUGCUGGUGACACAGAGAGAAGAUAUCACUUGAGGUACUUCAAAACUGCUCCAUGUGUUCAUGAAACUGACACAAGAGGAUUCUGUGUAAAAAAUGGAGUUCAUUGUGCAUUUGCUCAUGGGAAUUCUGAUUUACGUAAUCCAGUGUAUGACAUCAGAGAUAUAAGGGCUAAAGAAACUGCUGAGGCAGAUAUGAGUGGACCUAAUGCCCUUGAUAAAGAAAGAAGUCUUCUGAAUGAUGAUCCCAAAUGGCAGGACACAAACUAUGUUUUAACCAAUUAUAAAACAGAGCAAUGCAAAAAACCGCCACGUCUAUGUCGACAAGGCUAUGCCUGUCCUCAGUAUCACAACAGCCGAGACCGCAGAAGGAGUCCUAAAAAAUUUAAAUACCGUUCUACACCCUGUCCUAACGCCAAGCAUGGAGAAGAAUGGGGUGAUCCUUCUGGGUGUGACAACGGAGAUAUGUGUCAGUAUUGCCACACCCGAACUGAGCAGCAAUUUCAUCCAGAGAUAUACAAAUCCACUAAAUGUCAUGACAUGCAGACGAAUAGUUAUUGUCCUAGAGGAUCAUUUUGUGCUUUUGCUCACGGAGAUUUUGAAGUGGUAAGAGAUAAUGGUCAAUACCAGGAUGGUGGAAACAAUUUGGCUGAACUUUUGUCCAGUGCAUUGCCUGCUGUAAAUAACCGAACUUACGGAAAAGAAAAUACCAAUUUGAAUGACUUGAAUGACGGACGUAGUAUCGAUCUACUUCUAGAUAAUUCUCCUAGAAGCAUUUUGGAUACCCAUUCUACUUCGUCAUCCGCCACAGCAAGCACUAGCGUUCCUAUGCAAACAGCUUACAGCCGAUUACAAAGUCUUGAAACUGGCGAAUCAAUUUUAGCUUCUAGUGGUCCAACGGCAGUUGGGACCACCAUAGGUGGCUUUGGCCCACUAGUACACCCAAUAUGUAAACCCAGAUCACUGUCGGUGCCAGGGGCCGACAUGAACUCAUCAGGAAUCGAUCGAAUGAUAAGUUUGGAUCGAGAUGAAUGGGAUCCCAUUACAAAUCCCGAUCAAUUCGAUACUCUUUCAAAGAAAUCUAAUCUAUACGGUACGGGAACGUUGGGUGGUCUAUUGUCACAUCUUCAACCAGCCGCGUAUUUUCCGACUGCGGCUAGAUUAAGCAAUUCAACAAAUGCUCCAGAUUGCGUUAUUGGACAUGCAAUGGAUGAAAAUGAAGAGCAGUUUAAGGAUAGUAGUCGAGAAUAUGAAUCCGAACAACCUUCAUUGUGUGAAUCAAUAACGAUGGGUGUAGGAUUGCUGACGGGGUCUGCUCCGGUUAAUAUUCCACGAAGUGGACUUGAUCGCCACCCUCCUCGCUUGUCACCUUCACCACCGGCUGUUAAUCUGUUCUCAGGAAUACGAGUUGGCGCUCACGAAAUACCAUUGGAAGGAUCAAACAAUUCGACUUCUCUGUUCUUUAAAAGGGUUGGAAGUUAUAGUAACACCGGUGCACCAUUUCUUGACUGGGGGAAUCACCAAACUAGUCCAAGUAACAACAGUUGUAGAGGAUUGACAGGCUCCGGUGCUAACCACUCACCAUUACUAAGCAGUGUGGCUUCGAUGAGUGGAUCGCUUGGAAAUCAUGACAGGUUGCGAGAUGAUGCGGCAAAUCACCAAGCAAAAGUGCUCUCCUUAGAAGAGGAUUUGUCGCAAGCCAGGAAUGCUUGCGAUGCUUGGAGAUGCAAAGCGAUAGUUGCCGAGCAACAGCGUGAUGAGGCUGUGGCAAGGGUAACUGCUCUUCAAAAUGAAAUGAGGAUACUGCGUGACUCCAUUUCUGUCCACUCACAUCGAAACAAAGAAGGAGAAGAAAUGCGCAAUGUUCAGAUAUGAUUUCAGCUUAAUUCAUUGUCAAAACUAUCAAUUUAAAAAAUCACAAAUUUUCCAAUUGAUUUCAAACCUAUUUAGGUAGUAAGUACUUGAUAAAUUCAACAUAUACAAUAGACUGUCUAUUUUUUUCUUGACAUAAUAUCUGAACACUUCAUGAUUCAUCCGUAAACCAUUUGGAAUUAGGCUGUUCACCUUUUCGGCAUAGUUAAGAAAUAUUCUCUUAAACCUACGCAGCUUGUUAGCCAGCAUGCGUGAAUAAUUUCUUUUCUUCAAAUCUCCCUUCUAUUUGCGACGCUUAUUCUAAACUAUUGAUCUACUCUGUUCAUUUCUCUCGAUCCUUAAUUAAAGUUCCACUUCAAGAUGGGCUGUUCUUCAAUUCCUGUUAUAAUGCUGAUGUAUUCAAACAGUAGUGAUGAUGUUGACGUUUCAUCUUUUCUAUUGAUUUCCGUUAAUUGUAAUUCUUCAGGAUACUUUGUCUUCCCAUUUCUUCGUACCACACAUGUGUAUUGAAUUAGAGAGUUUAACUGUAAGACUACGUCAAUAAUCAAUAAGCUACAAAAUUGCUGUAGGCCUACUAAUAUUGUUGACAUGUUCGUUGCCUACAGUUAUCAAAUUUGGAAAAUCAAAGUACACCAUACAAAAUUAAAAA